AGCUGCGGAGGGAAGAGCACCGACAGCUGCUGCGCGCGUCCCGCACUGCAGCCCCGCAUCCCUGAGAGGACAGGACAGGACAGGACAGGAGAGGACAGCCUGGCUGGAGCAGCAGCUGCAGACAUGUGGACUAACACCGGGAAAGUCUUCUGGGUUUGUCUCCUCGCGACUCUCCGGCUGGAGGCGCCCCAGGCCUCGGGGUUCUUUGAGCUGCAGCUGGUCUCUGUGGAGAACCCCGGAGGUCGGCUCCUGAGCGGGGACUGCUGUGACCCGGAGCCCGGUUCAGAGGACGACGGCUGCGGUCCGGACGAGUGCGACACCUCCAUCCGGGUCUGCUUGAAGGAGUACCAGAAGGAGGUCACGACCUCUGGACCGUGCACGUACGGCUCGGAGACCACCAAGGUGAUCGGAGGGAACAGCUUCCAGCUCCGGGGCGGACAGAAAAUUGGACCGAACCGGAACAACGACGCAGGACGGAUCCUCAUCCCGUUCCAGUUCGCUUGGCCGCAAGACUUCACAGUGAUGGUGGAGGCAUGGGACGAGGACAACAGAACGCACAGUGGUGACGAGGAUCUUCUGAUUGAGCGCAGCGUCUACAAAGGGAAGAUUAACCCCGGAGAGGAGAGGCAGACGGUGGAACAUAAAAGCUUGAUCGCCACCAUUAGAUACACCAUCCGAGUGCGCUGCGACGAGCACUACUACGGCCCCAGGUGCAACACGGUGUGUCGUCCACGCGACGACUACUUUGGCCAUUACGUGUGCGACCAGUCUGGAAAGAGACGAUGUAUGGACGGCUGGACGGGAGAAGACUGCAAGACCGCCAUCUGCAAACAAGGAUGCAACCCUUUACACGGGACAUGCAGUUCACCGGGGGAGUGCAGGUGUAAAUAUGGUUGGGAAGGACCAUUGUGCGACAGAUGCUUGCGGUACCCUGGCUGUGACCACGGAACCUGCAGUGAACCCUGGCAGUGCACCUGUGAGAAGAACUGGGGCGGCCUCCUCUGUGAUAAAGAUCUGAACUACUGUGGGACCAACCGGCCCUGUAAGAACGGAGGAACAUGUAUGAACACAGAACCUAAUGAGUACAAAUGCGCUUGUCCAGACAGCUACUCUGGCAGGAACUGUGAGAUCGCAGAGCAUGCGUGUUUGUCCAACCCUUGUGCUAACGGAGGGACAUGCCAUGAAGUCCCUUCAGGGUUUGAGUGUCACUGUCCUGCUGGCUGGUCAGGGACAACCUGUGCUAAAGACACAGAUGAAUGUGUCUCCAACCCGUGCUCUGAGGGGGGGACCUGCAUUGACCUGGAGAACGGCUUUGAAUGCAUCUGUCCUCCACAGUGGACAGGGAAGACCUGCCAAAUUGACGUUAAUGAGUGUGCAGGCAAGCCUUGCCUCAAUGCUUACUCUUGCAAAAACUUAAUUGGUGGAUAUCACUGUGCCUGCUUUCGUGGAUGGGCGGGUCAGAAGUGUGACAUCAAUAUAAACAGCUGUCACGGACGGUGUCAGAAUGGUGGCAUCUGUAAGAGUACAGCUGGAGGCCACCAGUGCGUUUGCCAGCCUGGGUUUGUGGGUCGGCACUGUGAGGUCCAGAGAAACCGCUGCUCCAUCGGGCGGUGCAAGAACGGCGGGCGCUGCCACGCGCUGUUGGACGGGUUCAUGUGCGAAUGUCCAAGAGGCUUCAGUGGGACAACGUGUGAGGUGCAGGACGACCCUUGUAGCCCAAACCCCUGUCAGAACCAGGCUGUGUGCCAUAGCCUGGUGGGAGGCUUCUACUGCAGCUGCCUGGAUGACUACGAAGGCCCAACAUGUUCUGAGCUCAAGGACCACUGCAAGACCAACCAGUGCCAAGUGAUUGACAGCUGCACUGUUGCUGUUGCGACCAACGACACGGUGCAUCAGGUGCGGCACAUCUCAUCCAAUGUGUGUGGACCACACGGUCGCUGCAUCAGCCAGCCUGCUGGGAACUUUAGCUGCUCCUGUGAUCUGGGAUUUACCGGCACUUAUUGCCACGAGAACACGAACGAUUGUGCAUCAUCCCCCUGUAAGAACGGAGGCACCUGCAUUGACGGCAUCAACUCCUUUGAGUGUAUCUGCCCCGACGGCUGGGAGGGGACGUUGUGUGAUGUUGAUGUGGACGAGUGCAGUAGAAAUCCGUGUCAGAACGGAGCCCAGUGUGUGGAUCUGCUCAACGACUUCUUCUGCAGCUGUGUGAACAGCUGGAAGGGGAAAACCUGCCACCUAAGUGAGUCUCAGUGCGACUCCAACACGUGCAGCAAUGGCGGGACGUGUUUUGACCACGGAGACUCAUUUCUGUGCAGCUGCACCCCAGGGUGGGGCGGAAACACCUGCAACACAGCCAAGAACAGCUCGUGUGAUUCACGACCGUGUGAGAAUGGAGGGACAUGCGUCGGAGGAGGAGACACCUUCACCUGCAUCUGCAAGGACGGCUGGAAGGGACCCACAUGUGCACGGAAUGUUGAUGACUGCAAUCCACACCCUUGCUACAACGGAGGCGUCUGUGUGGACGGCGUGAACUGGUUCCGUUGCGAGUGCGCCCCAGGAUUUGCCGGUCCGGACUGCCGCAUCAACGUAGAUGAGUGCCAGUCCUCUCCUUGUGCCGAAGGUUCAUCUUGCAUCGAUGAGAUCAAUGGUUUCAGAUGUUUAUGUCCUCCAGGACAGGCUGGAACUCACUGUCAGGAGUUCAUUGGACUUGGGAAGCCAUGUCGCCACGGCGGCCUGCAGUUUCCUCACACCAGUCGGUGGGACGAGGAGUGCAACACCUGCCAGUGCUCCAACGGAGAGAUCAACUGUUCAAAGGUGAGGUGUGGUCGUCGACCCUGCAUCCUCCAAAAGGCUCUUCCACCCUCUGAGGCGAACCACCCAUCCUGUCCUGGGAACCACGAAUGUGUUGAGCAUCCGUUCCUCACCUGCUUCUCGCAGCCUUGUCAUCAGUGGGGUGUUUGUUCGACACCAGACCCCCUGACUUCGCUGCACACUCGGUGUGAACCCAACAGUGGUUACCUUGACAACAGCUGCGCUCACAUCACACUCAUCUUCCAAAAGGACAAAGUGCCACAGGGCACCACUGUAGAGAACAUCUGCUCAGAGUUGAGGUUCCUUCCUGUGACUCGGACUCUGGCCAGGGAGCAAACGUUGCUCAUCCUCUGUGACCUGUCCUUCUCCACCAGUGAUGCUGUGGAGGUUGCCAUGUCUUUUGAGACAGAUGGACGAUCGAAGGACAGCGACUGUGGACAGAUUCAGAGAGCAGCUAGUGCCAUCACUGACGCUUUGUCAAAACGCCACAACACCACUGUCCUGCAGGCUGUGGUGGAGGCCAAAGUGGAGGUGAAGGUGGAGUGCCCUUCUGUAGGUUAUCUGGUCCCUGUAUUGUGUGUGGUCUUCAGCAUCCUGUGGAUCUUCUGCAUCGUGGUUUGUGUUUGGUGGACCCGCAAGAGGAAGAAAGAGCGCGAGAGAGCAGCUCAAUCAGAGGAAACCACGGUGAACAACCAGGUGGAACCGCUGCAGAGCAAUAACGUAAAGACCAACCGGGACAGAGACAUUCCAUAUGAAUGCAAAAAACUGAUGGGUCCUGCUGACAGGACGUGUGACGAGGCAGAAGAGGAGGAGGAACAGACUGGUGAGGGAGAACAGGAGGAAGAUAAGGAGUGGGCACUGGGCAUGAGGGACAAGCAUCCACCUCAGAGGUGCCCCGUAGCUGAGGCCCAGAACAGGGGCUUUAUCUUGAAUGGUAGUGGGCCGGUGAAGGUGCCACAUCGGACGGCGUACAGCCUCAAAGACAACCGAUGUAAAAACCUGAACACUGCAAAGCUCGGUGAGAACAUUAACGACCACUACGUGUGACAAACUGAGGAGGAGGAGGAGGAGGGACCUUCUUCACCGUCACUGACUUGAACUCAUCAUUGCACCAAAAGUGAAGAUUACAAACGCUUUAAUAUUUUUUAAAUUCUUUAUUUAAAAUCCUUUCUCUGCAGCAUGGAGUCUUUCUUAAAACCACAAACACUAAAUAACAAACACCAAAAAAGGCGUGAAAAAUAAAUCACAGCUUCUGGAUUUCAGGAGUUUUAUUUGUCACAAUG